AUGAAAAUGAUUUAUUUAAUAAUGAUUCAACCUUUUAUUUCAGCGCUGCCGAGUCAACAAAGAAUUGCUGGCGGCUCAACGGUGAAUAUAAGUAGGUACCCGUUUCUAGUUGCGCUGUUAGCAGCAAGAGAUGGUGUGAAUUAUCGUCAAUCAUGUGGAGCGUCUAUUAUCAACAAUAGAUCAGUUCUUACUGCUGCCCAUUGUCUCAGAGGUUCAGUUAAUCAAUUUCGAGUUCGUGCUGGGUCGAGUACUGCAAGCAGCGGUGGUACAGUUCACAACGCUAAUAGGAUAAUCAUUCAUCCUAAUUACAACGAAUUCACGCUAAACAAUGACAUCGCCGUUUUGAGACUGUCGUCACAAUUUUCUUUUGGAAGUAACGUGCGGGUUGGAAGCAUUGCUGGCGCAAAUUACAAUCUUGGCGAUAACCAAAGUGUUUGGGCUGCAGGAUGGGGUCUCACAUCAUUCAAUGGAAGUCCAUCUGAAAACCUUCGUCACAUUCAGCUUUGGACAAUGAACCAGAACACUUGUCAAAAUAUUUAUGGUUCAGUAGUAACGCAAAAUGUAUUAUGCGCGGCACCAAGAGUGGCAGGUGGCAUAUGCACCCAGGACUCAGGAGGGCCACUACUUCACAAUAACGUCAUCGUGGGUGUUGUCUCGUUUGGCGGCAGGUGUGGACAAGCACAAUUCCCUGGGGGAUUUGCAAGAGUUUCAAGAUACACCAGUUGGAUCCGGUCUAAUGCAUAAACUUCGAAAAUAAUAUCUCCAAAAACU